AUGACAGGUCAGAAUGUUUCACAGCAGAAGAAUAUCAAAGAAUCAAAGAAUGUCAAAGUUCAGUGUGCAAAAUCCUUCAAGUCCCUGCACCGCAAACUUGAUGAUGUGGUUGGUGCUGUGCGUGGCUGUGCUGUCGUGAGUCAGCCGGGUGAAGAGCAGUGGACUAACCAUGCAGCUCUGCGGCGCUCCAGUGCUCAGUGUGUUUAUUCUGUGAUUGCCCGUCUGGAACCAAGAGGCGAGGCUGUGAGCACCGCUGAGCUUUACCUGUCUGCUAAAGAGCUUGAAAUUCCUUAUGAUGUUCCCGAUACUGGACUUCCCGAGGUUCCCAUUGGAGCUGUCAUCAAAGAUGUCACAAGUCAUGUGUUUGACUACUCCAUCGAGGAGAAGAUCGAAGUGCGAGAAGAGAGGCAAAUUGUCCAAGAGGAGAUUUCUUCCUAUGUAUAUGAAGAAGUGUCCGAACCCAAAGUUCCUGCCCUUCCAAGAGUUCCUGUCGAUGAAAGUGUUUCAGUCACUCGCCUAAUGGGACAGGAAGAAGUUGCAAUGAAAGUUCCUAAGGCUGUGCCGAAACCAGAGGAAAAGAAAGCAGUGCCGGUUGAGGAGCCUGCUGUCCCCAAAGUCGUUAAGAAGCCAGUCCCAGAGACGGUUGAACCGGAAGUUGCCCCCAAAAGGAAAGAAAUGGUAGCACCCAAAGUGCCAGAGGAAGCGAAGAAGCCGGUUGCUGAGCCGACUGUCCCCGCCGCCGACCUGGCCAAAGAUAAGACUGCGCCACCUAAAGUGCCUGAAGAGGUUAAGAGAGCAGUGCCUGAAAAGAAGGUUGCACCUGAGGUCAAACCAGCACCUGAAGAAAAAGUGCCACCUGUACCUAAAGUGAUACCUGAAAAGAAACCUGAAGUGGCCCCACCCAAAGUUGUUGAAGAGCCAAAGAAAGCUGUACCUGGAAAGCCGGAGCCAGCCAAAAAACCAGAGGCUGUCCAUGUUCCUCCAAAAGACGAGGUUACCCCUGCUAAAGUGCCAGAAGUACCAAAGAAAAUUGAGGAAGCCAAACCUGCUGUUGCUCCCAAGAAAGAACCCGUCCCCCCAGUGAAAGUUGCUGAAGUUGCAAAGAAGACCGAACCUGUAGCUGUCCCCAAAAAGGAGGAAGUCACUCCUGUGCCAGUUAAAGUGCCGGAAGUGACAAAGAAAGCGAUGGCCGAAGAAAAGGUCCCUGUUCCCAAAAAGGAGGAAGUGGCCCCUCCCAAAGCACCAGAGGUCACAAAGAAAAUAAUCAUUGAAGAAAAGAUAUUCGUUACUAAAAAGGAGGAAAUGGCGCCUCCCAAAGUGCCUGAAAUGACAAAGAAAACAAUUACAGAAAUUUUCCUUGCUCCAGAACUUGAGGAAGCUGAGCCACCAAAAGUGCCUGAAAAAGUAAUCCGGAAAGAAAAGACAACAGUUUUUGUAAAAGAGGAAGUGGCACCUCCCAGAGCACCUAAAAUUGAAAAGAAAAUACUCCCAGAAGAAAAGGUCCACAUUCCUAAAAAGGAGGAAGUGGCGCCACCUAAAGCACCUGUCAUUACAAAGACAGUAAUUCCAGAAGACCAGAUCCACGUUCUCAAAAUGGAGGAAGUGGCACUUCCUAAAGCGCCCGAGGUUUCAAAGAAAGCAAUCCUGGAAGAGAUGGUCAUCCGUCAUAAAAAGGAGGAAGUGGUGCCUCCUAAAGUACCUGAAAUGACAAAGUUUGCCAUCUCAGAAGAAAGGGUUCUCAUUUCCAAAAAGGAGGAAGUGGCGCCUCCUAAAGCACCUGAGAUAACCGAGAGACUAAUUCAAGAAGAGAAGGUCCCUGUUCCUAAAGCAAGGGAAGGUGCACCUCCUGCAGUGCCUGAGAUUACAAAGAAAAUAAUCAGAGAAGAAGAAUACGUAGUUCUUAAGAAGGAGGAAAAGGCGCCUCCCAAAGUUCCUGAGGUGACAAAGAUAGCCAUUUCAGAAGAAAAGGGUCUGAUUUCCAAAAGAGAGGAAGUGGCGCCUCCUAAAGUGCCUGAGAUUACAAAGAAAACAAUCAGAGAAGAAAAGCACAUCGUUGUUAAAAAGGAGGAAAAGGCGCCUCCUAAAGUGCCUGAGGUGACAAAGAUGGCCAUCUCAGAAGAAGAAAAGGUUUUCAUAACCAAAAAGGAGGAGGUGAUGCCUCCUAAAGCACCUGAGAUAACAAAGAGAAUAAUUCAAGAAGAAAAGAUCUCUGUGCCUAAAGCAAGGGAAGUUGCACCUCCCGCAGUGCCUGAGAUUACAAAGACAAUAAUCACCGAAGAAAAACAUGUCGUUCUUAAAAAAGAGGAAAAAGCACCUGCCAAAGUGCCUGAGGUGACAAAGAUGGCCAUCUCAGAGGAAGAAAAGGUUUUCAUAACCAAAAAGGAGGAGGUGGUGCCUCCAAAAGCGCCUGAGAUAACAAAGAGAAUAAUUCAAGAAGAAAAGAUCUCUGUGCCUAAAGCAAGGGAAGUUGCACCUCCCGCAGUGCCUGAGAUUACAAAGACAAUAAUCACCGAAGAAAAACAUGUCGUUCUUAAAAAAGAGGAAAAAGCACCUACCAAAGUGCCUGAGGUGACAAAGAUGGCCAUCUCAGAAGAAGAAAAGGUUUUCAUAACCAUAACGGAGGAAGUGGUGCCUCCUAAAGCGCCUGAGAUAACAAAGAGAAUAAUUCAAGAAGAAGCAAUCCCUGCUCCUAAAACGAGGGAAGGUGCACCUCCAGCAGUGCCUGAGAUUACAAAGAAAAUAAUCACGGAAGAAAAGCACAUCAUUCAUAGAAAAGAGGAAAAGGAGCCACCUAAAGUUCCUGAAAUAGCAAAGAUGGCCAUCUCAGAAGAAAAGGUUCUCGUUUCCAAAAAGGAGAAAGUGGCGCCUCCUAAAGCACCUGAGAUAACAAAGAGAAUAAUUCAAGAAGAAAAGAUCUCUGUGCCUAAAGCAAGGGAAGUUGCACCUCCCGCAGUGCCUGAGAUUACAAAGACAAUAAUCACCGAAGAAAAACAUGUCGUUCUUAAAAAAGAGGAAAAAGCACCUGCCAAAGUGCCUGAGGUGACAAAGAUGGCCAUCUCAGAAGAAGAAAAGGUUUUCAUAACCAAAAAGGAGGAGGUGAUGCCUCCUAAAGCACCUGAGAUAACAAAGAGAAUAAUUCAAGAAGAAAAGAUCUCUGUGCCUAAAGCAAGGGAAGUUGCACCUCCCGCAGUGCCUGAGAUUACAAAGACAAUAAUCACUGAAGAAAAACAUGUCGUUCUUAAAAAAGAGGAAAAAGCACCUGCCAAAGUGCCUGAGGUGACAAAGAUGGCCAUCUCAGAGGAAGAAAAGGUUUUCAUAACCAAAAAGGAGGAGGUGGUGCCUCCAAAAGCGCCUGAGAUAACAAAGAGAAUAAUUCAAGAAGAAAAGAUCUCUGUGCCUAAAGCAAGGGAAGUUGCACCUCCCGCAGUGCCUGAGAUUACAAAGACAAUAAUCACCGAAGAAAAACAUGUCGUUCUUAAAAAAGAGGAAAAAGCACCUACCAAAGUGCCUGAGGUGACAAAGAUGGCCAUCUCAGAAGAAGAAAAGGUUUUCAUAACCAUAACGGAGGAAGUGGUGCCUCCUAAAGCGCCUGAGAUAACAAAGAGAGUAAUUCAAGAAGAAGCAAUCCCUGCUCCUAAAACGAGGGAAGGUGCACCUCCAGCAGUGCCUGAGAUUACAAAGAAAAUAAUCACGGAAGAAAAGCACAUCAUUCAUAGAAAAGAGGAAAAGGAGCCACCUAAAGUUCCUGAAAUAGCAAAGAUGGCCAUCUCAGAAGAAAAGGUUCUCGUUUCCAAAAAGGAGAAAGUGGCGCCUCCUAAAGAACCUGCGAUAGCAAAGAGAGUAAUUCUAGAAGAAACCAUCACGGUCCCUAAAACAAGAGAAAGCGCACCUCCCACAGUGCCUGAGAUUACAAAGAGAGUAAUCACCGAAGAAGAACACGUCGUUCUUAAAAAGGAGGAAAAGGCGCCUCCCAAAGUGCCUGAGGUGACAAAGACGGUCAUCUCAGAAGAACAGGUUCUUGUUUCCAAAAAGGAGGAAGUGUUACUUCCAAAAGCACCUGAGAUAACAAGGAGAGUAAUUGUAGAAGAAGCCAUUCCUGUUCCUAAAAUGAGGGAAGGUGCACCUCCUGCAGUGCCUGAGAUAACAAAGAAAAUAAUCGAAGAAGAAAAACACGUCAUUCUUAAAAAGGCGCCUACCAAAGUGCCUGAGGUGACAAAGAUGGCCAUCUCAGAAGAAAAGGUUCUCAUAACCAAAAAGGAGGAAGUGGCACCUCCUAAAGCAACUGAGAUAACAAGGAGAGUAAUUGUAGAAGAAGAAAUUCCUGUUCCUAAAAUGAGGGAAGGUGCACCUCCCGCAGUGCCUGAGAUUACAAAGAAAAUAAUCGAAGAAGAAAAACACGUCAUUCUUAAAAAGGCUGAAAAGGCGCCUCCCAAAGUGCCUGAGGUGACAAAAGUCGCCAUCUCAGAAGAAGAAAAGGUUCUUAUUUACAAAAAGGAGGAAGUGGCACCUUCUAAAGUGCCUGAGAUAGCAAAGACAGUAAUUCUAGAAGAAGCAGUCCCUGUUCCUAAAAAGAGAGAAGGUGCACCGCCCACAGUACCUGAGAUGACAAAGAAAAUAAUCGAAGAAGAAAAGCACGUCAUCCUUAAAAAGGAGGAAAAGGCGCCUCCCAAAGUGCCUGAGGUGACAAAGAAAGAUAUCCCAGAGAGAAAGGUUCUCGUUUCCAAAAAGGAGGAAGUAGCGCCUCCUAAAGUACCUGCAGUUCCAAAGAUGGUGGCAGAAGAAAAGGUGCCCGUUCCUAAAAAGAAAGAAGUUGAGCCAGCCAAAGUGCCAGAGGUGACACCGAAGCUUGUCGCAGAAACACGGGAAGCCAUUCCUAAAAAAGAGGAAGUUGUCCCCAAAAGAGUACCUGAAGUUGCAAAGAAGACACUUCCAGCAGAAAAGGUGCCGCCUGCCCAAAAGGAAGAAGUUCCCCCAAGAGUGCCAGAAGUUACCAAAAAGACAGAAGAAGUGAAACCAGCAGUGGCCAUUCCCAAGAAAGAAGCCAUAGUCCCCGAUAAAGUCCCAGAAGUCAAAGAGAAACCUGAGCCAGUUGCUCUUCCAAAGAGAGAGGAGGUCCCUGCCAAAGUGCCUGAACCGAGAAAGAAGGUCGUCCCCCAGAAACCUGAUACUGCUAAAGAGGAAGUGAUACUCACACCAGUGCCACCCAAGAAACAAGUGAUAGAAGUGUCACCUGAGCCCGACAGGGCUGCCCUGAGGCGAGCUCCCAAAGAAGAGCGGAAGAUGGAACCAUCAGCCACCAUCUUGACCAUCUACCACGCUGAAGAGAAAGCUGUGGAGGAGGACCUUAGGUUGGUGUAUGAAGAAGUUCAAACGGUGCCCACUGUUCUGAGGAAGGAGGUGGUGAUGGCCAAAGAUGUCAGAACGGUUGCUCUUGAAGAAGUGAGUGUCGACAGUGUGUUCAGAAAGGAGGCGACUCCAGUUAAAGUUCUUGAGCUGCCAAAGAAGAUCAAGGCAGAAGAAGUGGCCCCCAUCUCCAAACCAGAAAAGGAGCCAGUAGCACCUCAAAAAGUGCCUGUGGUUCUGAAGAAGAAGCAGCUACCUGAACCUGAGCCCACCAAACCCGUCGUUAAAAAAGAGGUCAAGCCAGUUAAAGAGCCUGAAGUGAAAAAGCCAGAACCUGCACCUGCACCUGAAGAACCAGCAGAAGAGAAAAAGGUGCCAGUGACAGCUCCAGUUGCAGAUAAGACGAAAGACAAACCCAGCGUUCCACCGUCAGUUAUUGUUCAAAAAGGUAGAUUUAUUGAGGACAAGCAAAAAAUGGAGAUAAUUGAAAUAAGCAAGGAGUGGGAAGAAGAAGCUGAAGUAGAAGUGGAAUGGAAAGAGUACAUUACAACAGAUGAGCCUUCACCGGAGACCACCAGGGUUUCAAGUUAUGAAGAGGAGGAAGCUGAAGAAGAGGCAUUUGAGGACACAGAGAAAAGAGAAUUUGAACAUGAAGAGGUGCGUUGGAAGAAAGAAGAACUCAUUGAGUCGUUAGUGACAAUGGAAACAACAGACCGUGAGAUCAAAACCGAAGAGAGAGAAGAGGUGCACCUGGUUCAGCUCAAGAAACACAAAGAUGAGACUCCUCAAGAAAAACCAAAAGGAGAUGUCAGCCUCAGGAAGACUGAAAAAACAGUUGAGAAAAUCAAAACAGAAAAGGUGAUCAGCAAGAGGACUGGCCAGAUCCCUAAGGAUGAAAUUCCUAAGGAACCAGGUGUGGUGUUGAAAAAGGUGGAAAGGAAGACCACUGAGGAGACAGAAAGAGAGGCUGUCACCCUCAAACCGAUUCCAAAAGUCACCCAAGAGAAGGUGCCAGAGAAACCUGCAGAAGCAGAACCAAAACCGAAAAAACUAGAAAAGCUCCCAGUGAAGGACAAAGAAAAAGAUGUUGUGCCCCUGAAGAAAGCUGAAAAGCUUCAAAAAGAUAAGGCCAAAGAGCCAGAGAUAAUUCUGCAAAAGGUGGAGAGGAUCCCCACUGAAGAACUGGAAUGGGAAACAGUCAAGCUGAAGCCGGUACAGAAAGUUCAGAAAGAAGCAGCGCAAGAACAAAUUGAAGAGCCGGCCUUAAAGCCCAAGAAGGUGGAAAAGGUUCCAUCUGAUGCAAAAGAAAAGGAGCUACCAUCUUUACAGAAAGGUAAAGGGGUUCCAAAAUUGGAGAAACCCACAGAACCCGGUGUCGGCUUGAAAAAAGUGGGGCGCCUACCAACACAAGAGAAGGAAAAGGAGGCCAUCACCCUUAAACCUGUUCCAAGGGCCCCCAAAGAAGAGGCACCCAAAGAGGUAGAUGUAGGCCUCAAGAAAGUAGGUAGGAUCCCAACUGUGGAGAAGGAGAAGGAGCCUAUCACCCUUAAACCUGUCCCAAAGGUUCCCAAGGAGGAGAUACCCAAAGAACCAGGUGUGGGUUUGAAAAAAGCAGAAAGGAUUCCAACCGAGGAAAAAGAAAAGGACUUCAUCACCCUCAAGCCUGUCCCAAGGGUCCCUAAACCAGAAGCACCAAAAGAGGAGGCCGUCGGUUUGAAAAAAGUGGGACGGUUACCGACUGAAGAAAAGGAAAAGGAGGUCAUUGCCCUCAAGCCUGUCCCCAAGGCUCCCAAGGAGGAGCCAGUCAAAGAACCAGAGAAAGACCUAAAAAAAGUGGAUAGGACUCCCACAACAGAAAAGGAGAAGCUGGAAAAACCAUUAAUAAAACGUCCCAGUCCAAAAGAAGAGGAGAGAAUGGUACAGCUGAAAAAGGUCGAGACCCCUUUGACCAAAGUGAAUGGGAAGCCCAAGAUUAUUGAGCCAGUUCCCAUAGAAAAGAAGCCAAGUCAAGAAAUUCUUCGUAAACCUCAGGAAAAGCCUCUUGUAAAAGAGCCUGCGGAGGGAAUUCCAAUAACUCUUAAGAAGACCCCCAGGAAGACCAAGUCUCCAGAGGAAGUCACCCUAAAGCCAGGCAAGGGGAAAUUGCCAGAGAUGAAGGAACUGUCACCUGAAACCGUACAACUGAGGAAAAUUCCUACUCAUGUGGAAGAGGUAGUGUAUGAAGAACCACCAGAAGAGGAGGAGGAUGAAGAAGAAGUUUGGGGAUGGGACUAUGAGUACCCCUCAUCUGAGGACUGGGAACCGGAAGAGGCUGUUGAAGCUCCUGGAAAGUCUGGUGAAACACGAGAUGGGAAAGGACCAAAAGAAGAAGCUGGACGAGGUAGAGGAUUUCCAAAAGCCAAGCCAACCCCAUCCCCUGGGGAUAAACAGAGGAAGCUAAGACCUGGGGCUGGCGGUGACAAGCCCCCAGAAGAGUCUGGCAUAGGAUUCCAGCUUAAGCCUGUCCCGCUGAAAUUUGUCAAAGAGCUGAAAGAUAUCGUUUUGCAAGAAGCUGAAUCCAUAGGAUCCUCGGCCGUCUUUGAAUGUCAGAUUUCGCCUUCGACUGCCAUUACCUCGUGGAUGAAGGAUGGAAGCAACCUUCGAGAGAGUCCUAAGCACAAAUUCACUUCAGACGGGAAAGACCGAAAGCUGCACAUCAUUGAUGUACAGCUCUCCGAUACUGGAGAGUACACAUGCGUAGCUCGCCUUGGCAACAAGGAAAAGACCUCGACUGCGAAGCUCAUUGUUGAAGAACUGCCAGUUCGCUUCACCAAGACUCUAGAAGAAGAAGUCUCAGUCAUCAAAGGACAGCCAUUGUACCUGACCUGUGAAUUGAAUAAGGACCGGGAUGUGGUCUGGAAGAAGGAUGGUAAACCAAUGAAAGAAAUAGCCGGCAAAUACACCUUGAAUGUGAUUGGUCUGCAGCGUGCCCUCACAAUCAUGGAUUCGGAUGAUGCUGAUGCGGGUGUCUACUCUGUGGAAACAGCUGACAUUAAAUGUCAGGGAACAGUCAAAGUUAUCGAAAUUAUUCGAGACUGGCUGGUGAAGCCUCUGAGAGACCAACAUGUGAAGCCCAAGGCUACAGCCAAAUUUACUGGGGAGCUUUUCAAGGAGACUCCAAACAUCAAGUGGUUCAAAGGAGACACAGAGAUCCCCACAACGCCAACUGAUAAGACCGAAAUCGUGAAAGAUGGAAACACCCUCACUCUGCUAGUCAAGAAUGCCAGCCCUGAUGAUAUUGGGGAAUAUUCAGUGGAGAUAGAAGGCAAAAGAUAUCCUGCUAAACUAACUCUUGGAGAGCGGGAAGCUGAGCUGCUGAAGCCCCUGGAGAGUGUCGAGAUUUAUGAGAAAGAAACGGCCAACUUUGACUGUGCAAUCUCAGAAGACGAUGUUCCUGGAGAAUGGAAACUCAAAGGAGAGGUCUUGCAACGAUCACCCACCUGUGAAAUUAAAGCAGAAGGCAAGAAGCGAAUGCUCACUCUGCACAACUGCAAAGUGGAACAAGCGGGUGAAGUUGUCUACCAGGCCUUGAAUGCAAUCACGACUGCAAUGUUGAAAGUUAAAGAGGUGGAGCUCGAGUUCACAAUGCCACUGAAAGACGUCUCUGUGCCCGAGAAGAGGCAGGCUCGGUUUGAGUGCCAGUUCACCAGGGAGGUUCCAAAAGUCAUGUGGACCAAGGGAACGGAAAUCAUAAAGGCAGGAGACAAAUUUGACAUCAUUGCCGAUGGAAAGAAACACAUUUUGGUGAUUAAUAACUGUGCCUUUGAGGAUGAAGGAGAGUUCACCAUUGAAGUGGACGGCAAGAAGUCUACUGCUAAACUCACCGUUGAAGGAAUUCGACUGAAGUUUAUCACUCCACUCAAGGACCAGACAGUCAAGGAAGGCAAAACAGCACGUUUUGAACUUGAGCUGUCUCAUGACAACGUGCCAGUGACCUGGUACAGAAAUGAAACCAAACUUCACCCCAGCAGGACUGUCCUGACUUCUGCAGCUGGCAAAAGGCACAUCUUAGAGAUCAAGGAAGUGACACUGGAUGACACCUGCCAAAUCAAGGCGGAGGCUGGAAGAAUUUCUACAACUGCCAACCUGACCGUCCUCGCACCAAGUGCCGUACAGGAGGCUGCCCUGAUAGCAGGAAUAUUGGAAUUAAGCACGGCUUCAUUUUACUUCGCCUAUCACAUUAGCAUUCAGAACGCAGCAUUCACCUGA